UUCGAUUAGGAGAGGUGUAGGUAUAGAGAACCAGUUCGACAGCACAGAAUUAACACAGCAUAAGAAUGCUAUCGUGCAAAAUACAGUGCUUUACAAUCUUAAACAUCGUAAUAAUAGUUAUGGCGCGAAAUAAUUCUAAAAACUAUACUUUUCCAAAAGAUUUCAUUUUUGGUGCAGCGACAUCAGCUUAUCAGAUUGAAGGAGCAUGGAAUGUUGAUGGAAAGGGUCAGAGUAUAUGGGACACAUUUACGCACACACAUCCUGACCGAAUUUCUGAUGGGUCGAAUGGAGAUGAUGCUGCCAAAUCAUACUUCAAAUAUAAGGAAGACGUCAGAGCUUUAAAAGAAAUGGGGAUGCAGUUCUACCGUUUCUCCAUUUCUUGGUCUCGCAUCAUGCCUCAGGGACUUCCAAAUAACAUCAACCAAAAAGGCAUCGACUAUUACAAUAGACUCAUCGAUGAAGUGAUUAAUAACGGCUUGAAGCCUGUGGUGACCAUGUUCCACUGGGAUCUUCCGCAAUACCUACAAGACCUGGGAGGGUUUGCCAGUGACGUCAUUAUAAUAUAUUUCGAAGCAUAUGCUGAGGUACUUUUUGAAAAUUUUGGCGACAGAGUACACAUGUGGACCACAAUUAACGAACCUUAUAAUCAUGCAUUUGGUUAUGAAGUCAUGACUUUAGCACCUGGUUUAAACACUACUGGAGUUGGUAUAUACUUGGCAGCACACAACAUGAUCAAGGCCCACGCAAGAGUUUAUCAUCUAUAUGACAAGCACUAUCGCGCCAAACAGAAAGGCAAAAUAUCCCUCAAUCUGUCCGUUCAAUGGAGCGUGCCAGAACAUAAGAACUCAACGGAUGAUAAAGAAGCCACCAAAGCAGAACUGGAGUUUACACUCGGGUGGUAUGCCCAUCCAAUAUACAGUAAAGAGGGUGAUUACCCGCAAAUAAUGAAAGACAGAAUCAGAAAUCUCAGUCUGGCAGAAGGAUUUCCUACCUCUCGCCUACCUUCCUUCACCUCGGAAGAGAUCGUAUACGUAAAAGGAACUGCCGAUUACUUUGCCUUGAAUCAGUACGGUUCAUAUCUGAUUGCUAAAGGAGACACUGGAGCCAAUCCUUCAUAUUUCAGGGAUAAGGGUACAUUAAUUGAACCCGAUAACUGGCCUAAAUCUGAAACUUCAACGUGGGAAUCGGUAACACCGAAGGGAAUAAGAAAUAUAAUAAAAUGGAUCAAGGAGCAAUAUGGCGAAGAAUUGGAAAUUUUAAUAACAGAAAACGGGUUUGCUGAUAAUGGAGAAUUAAAUGAUAUAAUAAGAAUUAAUUAUCUGGCUACAUACAUGAUCGAGGUACUGAAGGCGAUACACUUUGACAAAUGCAAAGUGAUUGGCUAUACAGUUUGGAGCCUUAUUGAUAACUUAGAAUGGUCCAAUGGCUACUCGUCGAAAUUCGGUUUGUACCACGUGGAUUUUAACGAUCCUGACAGAAAACGCACACCCAAACAGUCUGCUCACUUCAUGAGAAACGUUACCGAAACGAGGCAGAUACCUUACAAUUACGGCAUCAUCGACAGAGAACUCGAUGAAGAGGAAGGGUUAGCUGCAACCAACUGGAGCAGAGGUUACAUCGCAGCAGUUGCAGCUAUGACGAAGUUAGUUUCGUUGGCAGCAUUGCUGCUGGUAAUGGUAACAAUUACUGUGGGGGCAGAAUUCAAUUACAUCUACCCUGAAGACAGUGAAAUUGAUAAAGAAGACGAUCAUUACCUGUAUAAUUUCACGUUGCCCAGCGAUCUUAAGAUCGGCGUAGGUUCAGCUGCAUAUCAGUAUGAAGGAGCCUGGAACGAAGGAGGUAAAGGUGAAAGUAUAUGGGAUAGAUUCACCCAUACACACCCUGGAGCCAUUGCAGACAGAAAGAAUGGAGACGUAGCUACAGAUUUUUACCACAAAUACAAGGAUGAUAUUAAAAGAAUUAAGGAGUUGGGGCUCGACACAUUCCGCCUCUCCAUUGCGUGGACUCGUAUCAUGCCAUCUGGCACAAUCAGCAGCCUGAAUCAGCAGGGGAUCGACUUCUAUAACAACGUCAUCAACGAGCUCAUUAAAUAUGGCAUCACACCCAUGGUUACCAUGUAUCACUGGGAUUUACCACAAUAUUUGCAGGAUCUGGGAGGUUGGACUAAUGAACUCAUUGUCGACUAUUUCGAAGAUUAUGCUGAUGUUCUAUAUUCAUACUAUGGAGACAGAGUUAAGUGGUGGAUAACAAUAAAUGAGCCAACUAAAGCCGUGGAAGGUUACAACGGGAACGUGACUGGGUCAGGUUACGCACCGAACGUUUCCUUGCCAGGUGUGGGGUCGUACCUGGCAGGACACACGAUGCUUAAGGCGCAUGCACGGGCCUAUCACUUAUACAACAAUAAGUAUCGGGAGCAUCAGAAGGGUCAGAUCUCCAUUUCACUGGAGACCUUCUGGUACGAACCACUCGACAUUAAUUCGAGAAGUGACCGUAAUGCAGCGGAACAAAUUCUGGAGUUCAACCUAGGCUGGUUUGCAGAUCCAAUCUACAGCGAGAAGGGUGACUACCCGGAUAUUAUGAAGAGAAAAAUUGCUGAAAAUAGCAAGAAGGAAGGGUAUCGAAGAUCCCGUUUGCCAGAAUUUUCCGAGGAGGAGGUUAACUACAUCAGAGGAACUGCAGACUUCUUCGGUCUGAACCAGUAUACGACAAAUCUGGCAACUUUCAGAGAAGAAGGUCCGACUCCUUCGUAUAAAAGGGACACGGGUGUCACAUUGUCCGCACCUUCCUAUUGGCCAGUAUCUGAAACGACCAAGUGGGAAAAGGUCGCACCUAAGGGUUUGCGCAAAGUGCUGAAUUAUAUCAAAGAUCACUAUGGCGAUAAAUGGGACGUGGUCAUCACCGAAAAUGGAUUCAUGGAUGAUGGAGCAACUACGGAUACGAGUCGUGUAAUCUAUUUAGCUACUUACAUGAUGGAAAUGUGGAAAGCAAUUUACAUUGAUGGCGUAAAAGUUGUUGGCUAUGUAAUCUGGAGUCUACUGGAUAACUUGGAGUGGACAAGCGGCUACAUAUCCAGAGCAGGAAUUUUCCACGUGGACUUCAGUGAUCCGGAUAAAAUUAGAACCCCAAAAGAAUCGGCCGAAUUCGUGAAGACAAUCACUAGCACAAGGCAAAUACCCAUAAAGUAUGCUCGCUAUGGAAAGGAAUUGAAUAAAAUAGAAUUUAAAGACCCUUCCUAAUAGAAAACUGAUUCAACUAAUAACGAGAAUGGGCACUGAAAUAUGAUUUACUUAAAUACCAGUUUCAAUCUAUUAUAGAUUACUAUGCUUACAUGAAGUAACAUUAGGGAUAUUACUGCACACGGUACAAUCCUGUACGUAUUGCCAGAGCUCCUAUUACAAAUGAGCACACACAAUGCAUCUACAUAAUAACUUCACGUUUCCAUUCUUCUGUAUCGUUCAAAUUAAAUUGUCCAAAUAAA